AUUUCCUGAAAAGUGACCAAACCGACUUUGAAAGUGACCAAAGUGACCAAGCUGCUUUUUCCUGUCUUUUUCAAAAGAGGAGACGCCCAGGAACAACCAUCUAGCAUGAACUCUAUGCUAAACAGGAGCCAGCAGAAAACUAUCUGCUCCCAGCUUGGAAAUGUCAAACUCCAGCUGCUGUACAAGGCCAGCAUCCAUGGUUUCACCGGUGCAGCCUUUCACAAACGAUGUGUCAACUGCUGUCCCACAGUGUCUGUGGGCUACAACGCCUCUGGUUAUGUGUUUGGAGGCUACACCAAACAACCUUUCAGUCAGUCUGGACAGUAUGUGCAUGAUGACCAGGCCUUUCUUUUCACCUUCAGUGGAGAAAAGCUCUGCAAGUAUUCUGUCACUGAUCCUGCUUACGCAGUGAGAAUGAUAUCUGGCUCUGGUCCAUAUUUUGGAGAGGCGUUGGUUCUUGUCCAUGGAAACAAAGCAGUAGUCUACAGCAGUCCAGGAAAUUAUUACAACUUCAGUGCUGCAGAAAUGCAUGGCAAUGACCUCAAACUGACUGAGUGUGAAGUCUAUGAAGUUGAGGAGAUCCCAGAAUUUGAAAAGCCAUGGAGGCCGAUGGUCUGGAAAAAUGAGAAGAGAACAGAGUUGAUGGACAGUAUUACGCUCUACCGCCCCAUGAUCAGCUCUGUGUCCCAGGUUCGGGUUCUGCUCAUUGGACCAGUUGGAGCUGGAAAGUCCAGCUUUUUCAAUUCUAUCAACUCUGUAUUCAUAGGCCACGUCAGCAACCAGGCCAUCGCUGGCAGCUCUACCACCAGCCUCACCACAAAGUUUCGCACCUACUCUGUGAAAGCUGGACGAGGAGGAAAACCUCUGCCAAUCAUCUUGUGUGAUACCAUGGGAUUGGAGGAAAACACGGGGGCUGGGCUUGACAUUGAUGACAUCAUCAGCAUCCUCAAAGGCCAUCUGCCAGACAGUUAUCAGUUCAACCCCUCUGCUCCUCUGCAUCCGGAGGCCAGCGGCUAUCGUAAGUCUCCGGGGCUCAAGGAUGAGAUCCACUGUGUGGUCUAUGUCACUGACGCCUGCAAGGUCUCCAUCAUGCCCACAAAACUGGAGCUGAAGCUGGAAGCUAUCCGCAGAAAGGUCAACUCGAUGGGGAUUCCUCAGCUGAUCCUGCUGACUAAAGUGGAUGAAGCCUGCUCUUUUGUCUCACAGGAUGUAACGAACAUUUAUAAGAGUGGCUACAUCGAGGAGAUUAUGCAGGAGGUCAGCGCUCGGCUUGGUGUGCCGAUGUCCUGUGUUGUUCCGGUGAAGAACUACAGCAAAGAGUUUGAGUUGGACCAGAAUUGUGACAUCCUGCUACUCACCGCUGUCAUCCAGAUGCUUCGCGCCGCUGAUAGUUACUUCGAUGAGCUCAGUGACAGAGACCAGAGAAGAAAAACAACAUUGAAACCAGAGAAUAGUAAGGAUUAGCACAGCAGAUGUCAGCAGAUGUUUAUAUCUUGUCCAACUGUAAUGAAAUGCCCAUCAAAGGUCCAAGAUGGCUAUAUGUAUAAACCAAAUCUGAUUUGACUGAAACUGGGACUUUCGAAUGAUGUAAAGAAUUACAAAAAAACAGUUUAUAUUUAAACUACCAUUUUAAAGUUUGGAAUCUCCUGCAACAAAAGAUUGAUUGGAUCCUGAAAGGACUACUCUUUAUUUCUGAAUGGUCUUUCAUGCUUUUAAGUCCUCUUUACAAAUAGAUGUUAUUUUGUAUAAAGGGUUUGUUUUGUAUAUGUAAAACAAAAAAGUGUACAAUGGUUCAACUAGACUGACAAUUGAAAGGGCAGAAAGAGACAAAGAAAAGAAUGAAAAUGAAGAAUGAAAAUGUGUGCAGAUCCUGUUUCAGUGUCAAGUGCACAAUAAUGCAGCCUAAAAAAAGCUGGAAUUAACAGGCAACGUGUUGCUUUAAUAAAGAUAUCCUUCAAACUUCACAAUAGAAAUAGGUUAGUCUAGGGUUAGCAUUAUUGGAAUAUCAGUUGAACAUACUAUGGACUGACUAAUCACAGUUUAACCUAUUGAAUCUACCACUGAGUAGACUGCAGAGGGCCCAAAGAAACGAGUCCACGAAAUAUUUAGAGCCCAAUUGCACUGUUGGUUCAAUAAUGACUGAGUAUCACUUGUGCUCUUCUGGAAUGGAAAACAAACUCAAAAUCCAAGUUCCAACAGUAUUCUCCUCUGUCAUGCAACAGUGUAGAAAUCGACUAAAUAGAAGUUUUAAUCAUUUAAUCAUUUUUCUUUUGGGGCUUACUUAUACUGUUAUUAUCUCUGUUAAGAUAACCAUUGACAAAAAGAAGAAAAACAUAACAGAUAAUCCCAAAUGUUUUAACUUUUGUGUCUCGCUCAGAUUUUGCAGUAGCGUCUAAACAUUAUGCAUCCUGGCACAAAGUCUUGAUUAAAGACAGUGCUAAUACCAAACUGCCAUUAACAUUUGCAGUUAAGUCAUUCCAGUCCCUGUUCUUUUUUUAAUUAAGCUUUGUAGUAAUUAGACUUUUUCUUAACCAUAUUUGAUGUCAGGGAAACAACUCCCAGUUUCUCUGAUGUUUGUAUUGGCAGAUGAAAUCCUGUUUAUUGUUGUGUUGCUUGUUAGCUUGUGCUUCUAAUUGAGUCAGUGACAGGAUGUCAUGUAGAACUUGGAAACUUCCUAUGUUGAUCCUUUAUCAUUCCUAAAAUGAAUAAUCAGUCAGUAUUUUGUGUUCAAUAAAAGCUCAAAGUGCA